AUGAAAUAUUCAAAAGCAAUCAAUCAUGUUUCAGGAAGCUAUGAUGUUCUUGUUGUUGAUUUUUCUGCUGCUCUUCGUCCCCAAGAAUGUAGUAUGUCUAAUGCUAACCAUGUUGGAGUUGACAUCAACAGCUUAGUUUCAGAUAAAGCUGAAAAAGCAGGCUAUUUCAAUGACGAUGGUACGUUUAGAGACCUCUUGCUCUCAAGUGGAGAUUCUAUGCAAGUUUGGAUUGAGUAUGACAGUAAACAGAAACAGCUUAACGUCACACUUCAUCCUGUUAAUGUCCCUAAGCCAAAGAUUCCGCUUCUCUCUCUGGAAAAGGACCUUUCUCCGUAUCUGCUUGAGUAUAUGUUCAUCGGCUUCACAUCAGCCACGGGGGCGUUAACUGCAUCUCAUUAUAUAUUGGAUUGGAAGUUCAAGAUGAAUGGGAAGAAGUUGAUGGACGUUCUUGAAGACUGGGAGGUGCAGUUUAGGACUCAUAGGUUUAUAUUUCACGGGAGCUCUCAAGAACAGGAAGGGCAAGCACAAGCUCUGAUGUAUUUUCGCUUGGAGUGGUAA